UUACCACGCAGUUACCACGCAGUUACCAAGCAGUUACCACAGAGCCGCAGCGCAGACGUAGGCCUCAGGUCUCGGGCCUCAGAGCCAGACCCUGCCAUCUCACGAUGUCUGAGGGGACCGAGGAACAGGAUUUUGUUAUUGUAACUGUCGACGACAGUGAUGAUGACAAUGAUUGCAGUAUUGAGCUGGUGGAAGAUUCUGAAACAGCAGAUAAUUCCACUAAUGACGUAGCAGAUGAUUCCACUUAUGUCACAGCAGAUAAUCCCACUGAUGACACAGCCACACAACCAAAUUUUCCAGGCGGCAAUGAUGACCAUCACUGUCCACUCCAAAUGUCAUAUGUAGCCCAUGGUGACCAAAUAGUUUCACAGAUGAACCACCCGGUACAUUUAAGAAGAUACAGUUACAACUCAGAGGAAGUGGAUUUGCCAAAAAGAGGAAGAUUGUGUACUCCAGAGGUACAGUCUAGCAUAUCACCACCAGCAGAAAGGAAGGAAACCCAUGCCUGGGCCAGCCCUGCUGUAACAUCUCUUGAGUCAGCAGCAUGUCGUGAACUGCAGGAAGCAGACCUCAGUGAGAGUUUAUCAUAUCCCAGAAUUGUCUCCUCAAGUUCAUUACAGCCGUGUGUCGCACAAGGUGGCUUAUUUCCUUGUUUUGGUAUGCCAUGGAACUUUAUCAGUGGAGGUGCUCAAAGUACCCAGGCUGUCAUCCCAUUUGCCAACACCACUACAGCACUACCUAUGGCAGGUCUGUCACGAGGAGAACCCAGUCUGGCAAAUAACCCUGGUGUGGUGAAUUACUCUGCUCUACUGGAAAAUGAAAAUGUGGGCGCAGGUAUGCCGAGAAUUGCAGAAACCAGGCUGGAAAUCAACCCUCAGACAAUGAAUUACCCAAUUUCUUUGGGAAAUGGCAGUGGCCCAUGUUCUUCCUCUUCAUCUGCCAGCCUCACACCUAAUUUUGGCUGGAGUGCAGUGGUGCAAUCAUGGCUCAUUGCAGCCUCCACCUCCCGGGCUCAGGUGACCCUCCCUCAGCCUCCUGACUCAGCUAGGACUACAGCUGAGAAAAUUAUACGUAUUGAAAUGCCAGGAACAACAGAAACCAAUGUGGAAAAUAACUCUCAGACAGUGUGUUACCCAGCUUUAUUGGGAAAUACGAGUGCCCCAAAUCCAGCCUUUUCAAAUCUUCCCAUCACUUCUAAUUUUGUAUUUGAAAGAGUUACAGAAAUGCCAGAAACAGCAGGAACUAACGUAAAAAACAAUACUCAGACAGUGAAUUACCCAACUUCAUCAGGAAGGAGCCAUAGCCAAGAAACAUUGGGAAAAGCACGAACCAGCUCAGGAAAGAGGUCUGCGAAAACAAAUUACCGACCUUUAUUAGAAAACAACAGUCACCAGAAUGUUUCCUCUUUAUUUCACAGCGUCCCUUGCAAUUUUGAAUCUGGCCCACAAAUGAGUUCUGGGACAAUGAGUUACUCAACUGUAAUGAAAAAUAACUGUGACCAAGAUGAUGCUUCAGCAUCUGCCUGCCUCACUCCCAAUUUUGCACUGUUUCCUCUGAAUAUUUUGGUAAAAGUAGACACCACAACGGAAAACAGCCUCAACACAAUGAAUUGCUCAACUUUAUUGGACAGUGACAGUGGCCAGGAUUCUUCCUCAUCGUCUGUCUGUAUCCCUCCCAAGUAUGGCUAUCUUGGUGAUCCAAAAAGAAAUGUCAGAGUACUUAAAACUCAUUUGCUGGCCGUACAAAAUAUGACCAAACCUAAGCAAGCAGGCUGCUACUUGGUUCAUAUUUUGUUCUCCAAGGAAAUCCUGAUUAGCAGCUCAGUGAAUAUCCAUUUGAAAGACAGCCAAUCCCUCGAUCCAAACAAAAUGGCUGCAUUGAGAGAAUAUCUGGCGACAACUUUUCCCACCUGUGAUUUGCGUGAACAUGGAAAAGACUGGCAGGACUGUAUUUCUGGUAUCAAUUCUAUGAUCUACUGUUUAUGUUCUGAAGCCAAGAGUACUCUAAAAACUCUUCGCAAAAAUAAAAACCGUACCAACCGUGUUGCACCAGCAUCUGCAGAUAGAAAUGAUCAAAGGGGCAGAGAUGGUGGUGAAGGCAGUUCUUGGAUGUUUCAGCCAAUGGAUAACUCCGAAAUGAGAGAAAAGGGGAACUUGCAGCCAAACAGUAAUGCUAUCCCUGAAGGAAUGCAAGAACCUUCCACUGAUAAUCCAGAGGAAACUGGUGAAGCAUGGGGCUAUUUUGGAAGACCAUGGAGAAAUAUACGGAUGCCACAUUCAGUACUGACUUUGGCAAAAACUAAGUCUUGUGCAAGCCUGUCGGCUAGAUACCUUAUUCAAAAACUCUUCACAAAAGAUGUCCUGAUCCAAAGUAACGUCUAUGGCAGUCUGAAGCAUGGCCUGUCUGCCCUUGACCCCAAUAAGAUUAGUGCUCUCCGAGAGUUCCUCCAAGAAAACUACCCAAUCUGUGAUCUCUCGGAAAAUGGAAGAGACUGGAAGUUGUGUGUGACCUCCAUCAACAGCGGUAUCCGUAGCCUUAGACAUGAUGUCAGAAGUGCUGAAGCCAGAUCUCAGUCGCUUCCAGCAGUGACCCCUCCAGAGUUGGAGAAGGAGUCAAAGCCAAGAGAUCCCGACGCCACUGACUGAAG